AUGAAUUUUGCGCCAUAUCAGGACGAGUCACCCGAGAUUGAGCGGGCUCUGUCCCCGCCGACGGUGGACAACCGUAUUCGGUCUCCUGCGUUUCGGUCGCCGCGGGCGUCGACCGACCUGCCGUCCCCCAGCCAUUUCGCAGCUGGUGGACAUGGCAACCAAGGCUUCGGACGAGAUGUCGAGGGGGGCCAUGUCAGUUUUGGGGCAUUUGAAACAAGCCUUCCGAUUCGCAUGGACAUUGAAGCAGCUUUAGCAUACCUGCUGCUGCCCCCAGCGGGGGGUCUGGUUCUGUUGUUACUCGAGCAUAAGAGCGACUACGUGAGAUUUCAUGCCUGGCAGUCGAGCAUGUUAUUUGCGGCCAUGUUUGUGAGUAUCAUCCACCUCAUCUUUUCUUGGACCAGUUUCAUCUCCUGGACUUUGUUCAUCAUAGAUCUUCUGCUGAUGGGUUUCUUGAGCACCCGUGCGUAUCGAGAUGUCGACACCCUUGAUCACUUUGAAGUUCCGUUCAUUGGCUACUGGGCCAAUUCUUUUGUUGACAACGAAUGA